AUGCAGUAUUCAGAGGAUGCAGACUGGGACCAGGCAGAAGAAGAAGAGGAGAUGUCCCAGGCGGAGAGGGAGUUGGCAGAUGAUGCCCAGUGGAAAUUAAUUCAGAAGAAUACCUUUUCAAGAUGGGCCAAUGAGCAUUUGAAAACCGUUAACCUAACGUUGACGGAUUUGGAGUCUGAUUUUUCGGAUGGAUUGCGAUUGGUUGCCUUGGUCGAGGUGUUGUCCGGGAAGAAGUUCAAGCAUGUCAACCGCAGGCCGAACUUUAGGACACAGAAGUUGGAGAAUGUUACUAUGGUGCUGAAGUUUCUGGAGGAGGAUGAAGGGAUUAAAAUCGUUAAUAUUGACAGUACAGACAUCGUGGACAGGAAGCUGAAGCUGAUUCUUGGUUUGAUAUGGACGCUGAUUCUCCAUUACUCCAUCUCUAUGCCCAUGUGGGAGGGAGAGGAACCCACCCCAUCAGAAAAGGCACCUACUCCCAAGCAGAGGUUGCUGAACUGGAUCCAGGCUAAAGUGCCCAACCUGCCCAUCAAUAACUUCACAACCGAUUGGAAUGAUGGUCGUGCUAUUGGAGCUCUGGUUGACGCUGUCGGUCCUGGUCUAUGCCCCAACUGGGCCAGCUGGGAUCCUAAGAGAAACAGAGCCAAUGCCAAGGAAGCCAUGGACGCCGCGGAAAAGUUCUUGAAUGUUCCUCAG